CUUUCUUGCCUUGAGUGGUGGAGGGUUUGCUAUGCUGAUACGAAAAUUUGAAUAUCCUCCUUCAUUAUGGAGAGCUUUGAUCAAGUGCCCUUCUCCCAAGAGCUCGUGGAUGACCACAUUGAGGAGCAUUAUCCGUCUCGAGCUCCAUCCGUUGCCGACAAUCACCCAAAGACUGCGUCAAAUCCUUCGCUAUCAACACAUAACUCGUCACUAUCUCAGGAGAUCAAAGUCCCUGCAGAAACAGAAACAGCACAACGAGAUCCUCCGGAACAAGGAGAUGCUUCAAUCCCUCCCUCGACCAUAACUCCGUUUCCACCGCUCCCCUUCGAUUCAUCGUCCGGAAUCCAGAUCAACGAAGAUGAAGAUGAUGGCGACAAUGAAGAGCUUGCAACAUCGUUCGAGCGCGACUCGACUCCUAUGUCAGCACAGAAGAAAAGAUCGACCUUCUUCGAUGAUGGGGGCGAGGAAAGCGUGAACCGCAUGCACAAGUUUUCCCUGUACGAGACCGCAACUCGGUUUUAUAUGGUUGGGAUGGACCUAUCGGAUACUCGCUUCAAGAUUUUGAAAAUCGAUCGCACAUCGGAUACGGGAGACUUGAGUAUCACGGAGGAUGAUAUUGUCUACACCAAGAGAGAAAUGAGCCAGCUGCUCGACGCGAUCGAUGAUGGCAACAAGAGCACCGGUGGACUGAAGCUCAAAUGCAGUGCAUGGGCUUUAUUGGGGUUUAUCAAAUUCACCGGUGCAUAUUACAUGCUUGUUGUUACCAAGAGGAGCCAAGUGGCCAUGUUAGGCGGGCAUUACAUCUACCAGGUCGAUGGGACAGAGCUCAUCUCAUUGACGACUUCGAACAGCUCUCGACUGAGGCCGGAAAAGAACCCCGAAGAGGCAAGAUAUAUUGCUAUCUUGAAUAAUCUGGACCUUACCCGCUCCUUUUAUUUCAGCUACUCCUACAAUAUCACCCGAACUUUGCAGGAUAGCAUUUGUCGGGAGCGCAACACCCAACGCGAUGGAUAUCCCCGGCCGUUCCAGCACGAUUAUAACACAAUGUUUAUAUGGAACCAUCAUCUUCUUAGCCCGGCUAUCGAGAACCUCAAUAAUCCUUAUGAAUGGUGUCUGCCGAUCAUCCAUGGCUACGUUGACCAGGCGAAGCUUUCUGUUUAUGGGAGAUCGGUGUAUAUCACUAUCAUCGCGCGUCGCUCUCGGUUCUUCGCUGGAGCCCGCUUUCUGAAACGUGGCGCCAAUGAUCUAGGAUAUGUCGCCAACGAUGUCGAGACCGAGCAGAUCGUAUCAGAGCUCACCACGACUUCGUUUCACUCUGCCGGUCCAAAUCUCUAUACGAACCCUUUUUACACCUCCUAUGUCCAACAUCGUGGAAGUAUUCCGCUCUAUUGGACACAGGAAAACUCGGGCGUCUCCCCUAAACCAGACAUCGAGCUGAAUCUAGUAGAUCCGUUCUAUUCCGCAGCGGCCUUGCAUUUCGAUAAUUUGUUUGAGAGAUACGGGGCUCCGGUAUAUGUUCUGAAUCUCAUAAAAGCCAGAGAACGAACGCCGAGAGAGUCCAAACUUCUCAAAGAAUAUACCAACGCUAUCAAUUAUCUCAACCAAUUCCUCCCGGAAGGCAAGAAGCUCAUAUAUCGCCCAUGGGAUAUGAGCCGUGCAGCGAAAAGCCGAGAUCAGGAUGUUAUUCAAAAUUUGGAAGAUAUUGCAAGUGAAAUCAUCCCUAGUACGCGUUUCUUCAAAAAUGGGUAUGACGCCGAAUCUGGCUUGCAGCUUCAAAAUGGCAUCGCAAGGACGAACUGCAUAGACUGCCUUGACCGUACAAAUGCUGCCCAGUUUGUGAUCGGAAAACUAGCUCUUGGUCACCAACUUCAUGCCCUUGGCAUAAUUGAUGGAACAACCCUAGAAUAUGACUCUGACGUGGUCAAUAUUUUUAACAAUAUGUGGCAAGACCAUGGCGAUACGAUUGCCAUCCAGUACGGCGGAUCUCAUCUCGUCAAUACCAUGGCGACAUAUCGCAAAAUAAACCAGUGGAGCAGCCAUUCGCGAGAUAUGGUGGAGAGCUUCAAGAGGUAUUACAACAACUCUUUUCUCGACGCUCAGCGCCAAGAGGCGUAUAACCUCUUUCUCGGCAACUAUAUAUUUUCCCAAGGACAGCCCAUGUUAUGGGAUCUCUCUACAGACUAUUACCUGCACCAUGCCGAUCCUCGGUCUUGGUCAAACAGGAAACGCCCCUCUUACACAUCCUGGUAUACGCCCGAGUAUCUUGAACCCAAAGCAUUACCGCCGCCUCCUGCACGGCCAAAAGAGCCUUUGUCGCAUUACGACGACUACUGGCUUGAGUAUUACAGGCCGCUAGCCGUGUCUUCAUUUUCGAAGAUCUUCUCGUAUAAGAUGAACUCUACGCUUCGAUACCUUCCUCCAGCACCCGGGAACCAUUACGAUAUCAGUCCGUUUGUUUCUCGCACACCACACGAAACUGUACAACGGGAUCGCCAUCCACAACGAACCGUCAAGAUCCAAGAGCCCCCCAACCAUAGGAGCGACUAUUCGAACAGCCCAUAUCUCCAGAAUGCAGAGGCUUCGAGAGAGAUCCAAGUCUGGACACACCAGAAUCCCUCCGCUGAUAAACGAGCACCUUCAGCAGGAAUUAUGAAAGAGUCGGUAUACGGAGUGCCGCAGCCUCUGAAUAAAAUCCCACCCAUCCAACCUCCAUCGGAUUCCCCUGCACCCAGUAAAGCACAGAUGGCCCAAUUGACUCUGGGCCACCUAGUCACUGAUUCGCUCAACCCGUCUGUCACAGCUGCCGAAGCAGAAGAAUAUGAGCGCUAUAUCAACCACCCACUCAAGGUGCCUCUGGUGGUAACGUCCGAGAAUGAAAUGACAGCAACCUCGAUACGCGAACGCGGGUCGAGUCUGGACUUGCUCGAAUACGCCAACAAGUGCAACAUCGGGGAGAACAGUCUCGAAGCUAACGCGGAGGAAAACCUGGCCGAUUAUGCCGAAUUUCUAAAUGUGUCUACGGGAGGGCUCACUGUUGUCGCUGAGGACUAUGAGAAGAAACGUUAUAAGCGAUACCGGCAGUGGCUACGAGGGAAGAGUUUGUUCAAGCAGCGAGUGGAUCUGUGAUCUUCUCCUGUCAAUGACUUCUAUGAAAUUUCGACUUUAUGAUGGAUACCCCACAAUCGUUUCUCUUUGCGGUAUGAAUAUGAAGUUUAUUGAGGAUAUAGCACUGUAUGAUACGAAUCACAAAUACAGACAUGUAAUAAACCAAGACAACGAGGUAGUUAAAUCUCACUUAUC